AAUGGCAGCGGUUAGUGCGGACAGGAUGGAUGAACUGGAAGAUGGAGAGAUCUCUGGGUCCGACUCAGAGUCUGAAAUGAGGGUAGCGGCUGAUGAGCGAGCUCAGGUAGAGCAGCCCGCGGCAACGGCCUUCACAGGCCACGCCUUCCAGAGCUGGGACCCUCCCCGACAGACGCCGGGCUCCGCCACAGGCUACCGCAGCGCCAUGGGGGCGGACUCUGGCGACAGCGACUCGGAUUCGGAGGAGGAGGCGGCUCUCUGGAGGCGGAAACGACAGAAGUGCACCCACGCCCCUCCGCCACCAGCCCCGCCCACUUCUGCCCCCGCCCCCUUCGGAGGCCUCCCCGGGGCGCCGGGCCGCAAGGUCAACAACAUCUGGGGUACGGUGGUGCAGGAGCAGAGCCAGGAGGCGGUGGCGGCGGAGCUGGGAAUUAUGGGAAUGGAGGGCGGGGUCAGCAUGAACAGCCGCCAGUCUGAGACCUACAACUACGUCCUGGCCCGCAAGCUGAUGGAGAAGGAGAGGCAGGAAGAGGAGGGGGGUGAGUCGGCCAUGCUGGACAGCCAGCUGGAGGAAUACAUGACCUGCCGCGGCCAGGAGGAGAAUGGGAGCGCCCACCUAAAACGCAAGAGGCCAGCCAAAGAGAGGCUGGGCCCAAGGGCUGAGAUGGACUUUAAGGGCCGAUAUGAGAUCACAGAGGACGACCCUGAGGACAAGGUGACGGACGAGAUUGUGCACAGAUUAAGAGAGCCAAAAAAGGAUUUGAUAGAGCGAGUGGUGAGAACCAUCGGAAAGAGGAAAGCCAUAGAACUGCUGGCAGAGACUGCCACCAUUGAAGAGAACGGUGGCCUUUUCACAGUAGACGGCAGCAGGAGGCGGACACCCGGAGGCGUGUACCUGAAUCUGCUGAAGAACACGCCCAGCAUCACUGGCGAGCAGGUCAAGGAAAUAUUCUACGACGAGAACCAGAAAGAGUACUCCAACAAGAAGGCGGCCAAGAAGCGCCGCCGCCACGAGCUGUCCAAGAAGAUGAAGCAGGCCAUCAACACGCUGAACCUACAGGAGCAUGACGACGUCUCCCGGGAGACCUUCGCCAGCGACACCAACGAGGCCUUGGAGUCCCUGGAGGAAGCCCACGAGGGCCAGCCGGAGCCCGCCCUCGGCACUGAAGACACUCCCGUGAUCUACAGCUCCAGCGACCUGGAGGUCUUCUGAUCCAGCGAGGGGGCCCUCCCCGUGUCUGAACUCCUGUGCAUGCCCUCAGCAAAGGGAGAGAACCUCUGUUCGUAUGGUGUUGGCGCCCGGGGUUGUGUAGAGCACUUAGAGGAUAUGGCUUCGAGCAGGAAGUUGGCGCAAAGUCAAGGAAGUGUGUGUGUGUGUGUGUGUGUGUGUGUGUGUGUGUGUGUGUGUGUGUGUGUGUGUGUGUGUGUGUGUGUAUUGCUGUCUGUCAUACCAUUGGGGAGGGUUAAACCCAGAGCCUGUCCUGGAGGGUUAUGGUCCAAGCGGUAUUUGUUUAACCCGAACACUGAACCAUCUGGUAAAAGUUAUUGUCCCAACCAAAUCAGAACAUGUUUAAAUAGGAUUCAAAACUGUGAGAGUGGUUUACAGCAAGUGGGAAAAUUCACCGGGGUGUAGACCUCCAGUGUCCCAGCUGGGCACAUUCUGCCAUUUUACUUUUCCAAAAGUAGGCGCUGUAUGACUCCAUCUUUUUGCUUCAAGUUUAAAUAUGAAUAGGAUCCGCCGCAUAUUAUUUCUGUAGAUGCAUUCCAUCGUAUUGUGGCCCCUACCGGUGUUUUAUUUAUAAACUGACACUGAGCUUAGCGAAGCCUCUGCUUAUUAACGAACUUAAUUGUCAACCCUAAUGGUAUAUUAACUAAUGGUGCAGUUUUAUUUUUGUAUUAAGAUAAGCCUAUUGGUGUGGAUAUGCUUGUAUCAGUCUGUCCCUUUUUUUUACACAUAUUUUGCUUCAUAAAGUAAGAAGCAGAGACAGUGGGCCUCGUAACAUCACAUUAUAGACAUGCUUGUUGCGCAGUUUUUUUUUUUAAAAUAGGGCUUUGUUUUGUUUUGUUUAUUCAUUCCCUGUAUUUGUAAAAAGGCACAUAAGAAUGCCAAAAUUGUGAUGGUUGAUCAUGAGGAAAGUGUUGAUUCAAUUUCUGUAACUGUCAUAACCAGACAAAGCUCGACUUUA